GCCUGGGCUGGGGCUGUGCACGCUUCUCCCGGGCCCCGCUCUUUGCAGACGCUCCCUUACUCUGCAGGAGAAUGCGGGGCUGAGGGCGCAGGGCAGCGUUCACACCACAUCCAUGAGAGCGGCAUCUGGAGAGGAUGAGCCAGGACCGGCGCAGCUCAGUGCAGGUAUAACCAUGGGGCUCUCUCUUUGGCACGUCGUACUAUUCCUCACCAGCAUCGUUGCUGGGAGCAAGCCUUGUUCCCCGGGAUGUUCCUGUGACAUUGAAACGUUUGGAUUGUUUGACAGCUUCAGCCUGACCAAAGUGGAUUGUAGUGGGGUUGGCUCCCACAUUGUCCCGGUAUCUCUCCCGCUGGACACUUCUUACCUGGAUCUCUCCUCCAACAAACUGGAACAUGUCAACGAGUCUGUGCUGUCCGGACCCGGGUACACCACAUUGGUCAACCUAAACUUGAGUUACAACCAAAUAGUCAGAAUUUCUUCUACAACGUUCUCCAAAUUAAGAUACUUGGAGUCUUUAGAUCUGAGCCACAACCGGUUGGAGGCCCUUCCGGACCAUAGCUUUUUUUACUCUCCCCUUGUGGAGCUCGACCUUAGUUUUAACAAACUGGUGGAGGUCAAGAUCGGAGCGUUCACCUCCCAAAAUAACGGGAAAGCCAUAAAUAUCGACCUGUCCAACAAUUUGAUCAGUACUCUGUUGAAGGGGCCGGAUAAUGUUCUGCCAAAUAUUCGGAGCUUGGAUUUGUCGGAAAAUAAGCUUCGUUCUGUCCAGGGGCUUCAAGGAAUCCCUUUACAGUCUCUGAACCUGGAUAGAAACCCAAUUUCUAAAAUUGGAGAACAUGACUUUUUGGGGCUUAAGAGUCUAACCCAUUUAUCGUUAAGUAGUGUGCCGAAUUUGAAAGAGAUCGCCCCUCGUAGCUUUAGAGAAUUGCCGUCUCUCCAAGUUGUUGACCUGUCGAAUAAUCCCAACCUGGUAUCUCUGACCGAGGAGGUCUUCUAUGGGUUGAGAUCCUUACAAGUGCUGAACUUGUUGAAUUCGGGGGUGUCGUCCUUACCCAAGGAUACUCUCCACCAAUUACCAGCCAUGAAAAGCAUCACCUGGGGAGACAAUAUCCAUUGUAUAAAGACAAUGAAGGAAGAUCAGUUCCACCACCAGAACGGCCUGGUCCGGAGAGAAGUUCUGGUGUGCCGUAAUGACCGCGGUGCUGUAUCAGCACAGGAUGUUUUGUAAUUUCUUUAAUUUUUUUUACAUUCUCUCAUUAUACAGUUUCCUGCCUUUUUGGGAGAUUACGUGCCUUUUUGGGAAAAAAAAAUGACUGUCAAUAAUUUAUUUAUAUAUAAGAAAAAUUUAUGAGCAAUUCUACUUGACGUAUAAAGGAUGCACAUUUUGUACAGAUUUACUAAGCAACAAAUUCAUUCCAAUUCCAUUUCCUAUAAUUUCAUUGAGAUUUUAUUUUUUUCCCCUCCCAUGGUUUCUGGUUAAAAUUUUUUGUUUUUUACUUUCUAUAUUCC